CCCAUAAUCAUCCGCUACGUUUUAAUACUUUCAUAUAAUCUGAUCAUUGUAUUCAUCAAUACAAUCAAAUAUAUAAUAACGCCAUAUGUGGCAUCUUGUAGAUAUCAAGAUGUUGCCUUGUUAUUCAUUUCCACCUAUGUAUUGGCUACGUCUUGAUAUGCUUACCUACUUGUGAAGCAAUACCUCAAUCUAAUUAAAUAUACAUCUAUAUCUCCAGAUGGAGUAUUUCAGUGAUUACAUUGUUGUUAGGUAUAUAUUUUCGCUUAAGUAUGCAUAAGAUAUUCAUUUGACUAGUUUUAUUUGAAAAUUGACGUUGGAAAUGUACUUUGGAUGGAAAAAUUAACGAAUAGUGGAAUUGUUUGGGGAGAAAUAAAAAAAAAAGAAGAAGGUUUUCUGUGAGUUGCAAUUACAUUUGAUAUUUAAUAACAACUAUAAUAUAAUGUUAUUAGUUCUAUUGUAAAUAGAAUAACUUGUUAAAUUAACUCGUUAAUGUGGCAUAAAUGGAUAGUAAUGAUAUAUGACUUUGACAUUUAAAGGAAAAUCCAACAAAGCAGUGAAAAAGCCAAGUAAGGGAAAAGUUGUUGAAAAAUAUCACAGUAAAAAAAAUUCUGUAGCGUCAGCGGCCAGUAAGCUUCAACAAGUACUUCCUGUCGUAAAGACACCUCCAAAAAAGAUCAAGGAAUCCAAAGAAAAGAAGGACCCAAAGAAGAAGCUUUCUAAGAAAAGUAAAAAAAGUAAAAAGGGUCGCUCAAAAGAAAAAUAUGCAAAAAAGAGUAAAGAACACAAAGGAAAGGGGCAUUCCAAAGAAAAGCAUCAUUCCAAAGAAAGCAAAGAGCAUAAAGUAAAAGGGCAUUCCAAGGAAAAACAUCAUUCCAAAGAAAGCAAGGAGCACAAAGGAAAGGGGCAUUCCAAGGAAAAGCAUCAUUCCAAAGAAAGCAAGAAGCACAAAGGAAAGGGGCAUUCCAAGGAAGAGAUAUCUAGGGAAAGCAAUGAGCACAAAGGGAAAGAACAUUCCAAGGAAAAUCAUCAUUCCAAAGAAGUCAAGAAGCAUAAAGGGAAAACACAUUCCAAAGAAAAACAUCAUUCCAAAGAAAGCAAGGAGCAUAAAGGGAAGGGGCAUUCCAAAGAAAAACAUCAUUCCAAAGAAGUCAAGGAGCACAAAGGAAAGGGACAUUCCAAGGAAAAACAUCAUUCCAAAGAAAGCAAGGAGCAUAAAGGGAAGGGGCAUUCCAAGGAGAAACAUCAUUCCAAGGAAACACAUCAUUCCAAAGAAAGCAAGGAGCACAAAGGGCAUUCCAAAGAAAAACAUCAUUCCAAGGAAAAGCACCAUUCCAAGGAAAAACAUCAUUCCAAAGAAAGCAAGGAGCACAAAGGGCAUUCCAAGGAAAAACAUCAUUCCAAGGAAAAGCACCAUUCCAAGGAAAAACAUCAUUCAAAAGAAGGCAAAGAGCACAACAAAAGCCAUCAUCAGAAGGAGAGAAAGCCACAUGAUAAGAGUCUUGAAUCAAAAGAAAAGAAGCAAAUUCUAAAUAAAGAGUUGGUUUGUGAACGCCAGAAGAAAAUGAUCAAAUGUGAAGCCGGGGAGAGUAUUAAGAUUAUAUCCGCCUCGUAUGGUCGUAAGUCAAGGUCUAUAUGCCCCAGUAGACAAAUACGACACCUGAACUGUGACGCCAAGUCAUCCAUGGUCAAGGUCAGAGAGACGUGUGACGGGAAGGAGUCGUGUGUCCUCUUCGCCAGCAACUCAGUGUUUGGAGAUCCAUGUGGAGGGACAUUCAAAUAUCUAGAUGUUCAAUACUCAUGUUCUAAAACCAAGAAGACAAAAGAGAGUAGCGCACGAAAAGAAAUUGUUUGUGAACGUCAGAGGAAAACGAUUACAUGUGAUGCUGGAAAAUCCAUCAAGAUAACUUCAGCCUCGUAUGGCCGUAACUCAAAGUCUGUGUGUCCAAGUAGACAGAUACGUCAUCUGAAAUGUGACGCCAAGUCAUCAAUGGUCAAGGUCAGAGAGACGUGUGACGGGAAGAAGUCGUGUGUCCUCUUCGCCAGCAACUCAGUGUUUGGAGAUCCAUGUGGAGGGACAUUCAAAUACCUCGAGGUCCAAUACACAUGUGUUGAUACUGGAGUUCGAUAUAUCACCAUUAAAACACCGAAACAGCGAGGAAAAUAUGUUUACACUCACUUAAACAAGUAUGGCUACAAUCUCGGUGGAAAGAAGACAUUCGAGUUCGAAGUAAAGACAUGUAAUGAUGCCCACAUCGCAAUGAUGGGCCCGGACGGCGAAAAGGGGAAGCUUUACGAGAUUGUCAUUGGAGGCUGGUCAAACACCAAAUCCGUCAUCCGAACCCGAAAACAAGGACCAAAUCUGUAUACUAAUCAUGGAAGGCAUUUGGACUGCCGACAGUACCGGAAGUUCAAGAUAAUUUGGAAUAAUGGAGGAAUUGUGGUUCAGAGCUACGUCAAUGGAGGAUGGAGAGUAUUUAUGAAUUGGAGGGACCCGGCACCACUUGAAGUACGUUCUGUAGGAGUCACCACUGGUUUAUGGGCGUCUGGAGAAUGGAAAAUCUCUAUCGAAGAUGGCGACACGUGUAAUGGUAGGAAAUGUCAUGACAAUGCGAGAUGUGUACACGGACGAUGUGUAUGUAAUCGUGGAUUGUACGGUGAUGGUUACAAGAGUUGUGAAAAAACCGAAGGGCAAAACGAGGUUGUUUGUGAACGUCAGAGGAAAACGAUCAAAUGUGAUGCCGGGGAGAGUAUUAAGAUAAUUUCCGCCUCGUACGGUCGUAAGUCAAGAUCUGUGUGUCCCAGUAGUCAGAUAAAACAUCUGAACUGUGACGCCAAGUCAUCUAUGGUCAAGGUCAGAGAGGCGUGUGACGGGAAGGAGUCGUGUGUCCUCUUCGCCAGCAACUCCGUGUUUGGAGAUCCAUGUGGAGGGACAUUCAAAUAUCUAGAUGUCCAAUACUCAUGUUCUAAAACCAAGAAGACAAAAGAGAGUAGCGCACGAAAAGAAAUUGUUUGUGAACGUCAGAGGAAAACGAUUACAUGUGAUGCUGGAAAAUCCAUCAAGAUAACCUCAGCCUCGUAUGGCCGUAAUUCAAAGUCUGUGUGUCCCAGUAGACAGAUACGUCAUCUGAAAUGUGACGCCAAGUCAUCCAUGGUCAAGGUCAGAGAGACGUGUGACGGGAAGAAGUCGUGUGUCCUCUUCGCCAGCAACUCAGUGUUUGGAGAUCCUUGUGGAGGGACAUUCAAAUACCUAGAUGUCCAAUACUCAUGUGUUGAUACUGGAGUUCGAUAUAUCACCAUUAAAACACCGAAACAGCGAGGAAAAUAUGUUUACACUCACUUAAACAAGUAUGGCUACAAUCUCGGUGGAAAGAAGACAUUCGAGUUCGAAGUAAAGACAUGUAAUGAUGCCCACAUCGCAAUGAUGGGCCCGGACGGCGAAAAGGGGAAGCUUUACGAGAUUGUCAUUGGAGGCUGGUCAAACACUAAAUCCGUCAUCCGAACGCGAAAACAAGGACCAAAUCUGUAUACUAAUCAUGGAAGGCAUUUGGACUGCCGACAGUACCGGAAGUUCAAGAUCAUUUGGAAUAAUGGAGGAAUUGUGGUUCAGAGCUACGUCAAUGGAGGAUGGAGAGUAUUUAUGAAUUGGCGGGACCCGGCACCACUUGAAGUACGUUCUGUAGGAGUCACCACUGGUUUAUGGGCGUCUGGAGAAUGGAAAAUCUCUAUCGAAGAUGGCGACACGUGUAAUGGUAGGAAAUGUCAUGACAAUGCGAGAUGUGUACACGGACGAUGUGUAUGUAAUCGUGGAUUUUACGGUGAUGGUUACAACAGCUGUCAAAAAUCCUGUUUAUGUAUGGCAUCGGGCGACCCACAUUACAAAACAUUUGACGGUCAGAUGAUUCACUUCAUGGGUACGUGUAAAUAUACUCUGACUCGAUCUCUGGAUCGUAACAGCACAUGUUCUUUCAACGUUGAAGUCAAGAAUGAAAGAAGAGGCCGAAACACUAGAGUAUCUUUCACUCGUUUCGUUGACGUGGAGAUUUACGGAAGGAAGAUACGUCUACAUCAAAAUAAGCAAGUCUUCAUUGACAACGAGAAACGUUAUCUGCCAGUCAAUGAAAUGAAAGGUCAACUGAAAGUGACCUCGAGCGGCAGGUACGUUCAGAUAUGGACGGCAUGCGGAGUACUGGUCAAUUUUGAUGGCGUACAUGCAGUUAGUGUUGUUGUACCGGCUUCCUUCAGCAGACAGAUGAUAGGGCUUUGUGGCGACUGUGAUGGGAAAAUGAACGAUUUCCGGACACGUGACGGACGUGAUGUCACCAAUAACCCUUCCCGGUACAAUCUUGUUGGAAACAGCUACAAGGUGCAAGAAAAAGGCAUUUUGUCAGAUCCCAGAUGUGUGCCGGUAGUUCAGGACACCCCGGAGUGCGAUCCUUCGCUAGCAAAUCGUCUGAACAAACGGGAAUACUGCGGUGAAAUCAUCGAGAAAACGGGGCCGUUUGCAAAAUGCAUCAGCAAGUUUCCUGUUCAAGCAAAAGGCUUUUUUGAGAGUUGCGUAUUUGACCUUUGCUCAUUCCAAGGAGAGUCUCAGAAGAUGUCAAAGGUCAGGUGUAAUGCUGUAGAGGCGUUUGCCGAGGAGUGUGAAGAAAAUGGCAUCAUCGUCAAAUGGAGGAGCGCGAACUUCUGCCCUCUAAAAUGUGAAGACCCGAACAUGGUAUAUAAGGAAAAUGUCUCUGGAUGUCCGUCCACGUGUGUCGAUCCUAAGGCGCCAUCUACUUGUACCCUGGAACCACGGGAGGGGUGUGAAUGUAAAGACGGGUUUGUCCUUAGCGAUGGCAAGUGUAUUUCUCUGAGCCAGUGCGGUUGUGUCGAUUCCGAAGGCGCAUACUUCCCAUUGAACGCUCGGAAGAUUUCUCGAGACUGUGGGACGGACUUCAUCUGUAGGAGGGCUGGACGAUCUAGUCAGCUAUUUCUGGCAGGGGCUGGACGGCGAUGUCACAAGAAUGCUCAGUGUACGCUGGACAAAGACGGAGAACGAAAUUGUGUUUGUAACAAAGGAUACGAAGGAGAUGGUUCCAGAAAGUGUGAUCCUCUUUGUGGAAUGAAACACAAAUGCCAUGCUAAAGCAUCGUGUCGAAAUGACAAAUGUAAAUGCAACCGAGGCCUGUCAGGAGAUGGGGUUAGGAACUGUAAAGAAAUGUGCACUUGUUCGGCUAGUGGUGAUCCUCACUACAGAACUUACGAUGGUCAGAUGAUCCACUUUAUGGGAGUGUGUAAGUACAUUCUCACAAAGACAACUCGACAGGAGGAUCCUUGUAAGAUCACUGUAUUGGUUUCCAAUGAACGCCGGGGCAGGAACAGACGAGUGUCGUAUACAAAGUCGGUCCAUGUUCAGGUGUAUGGCACGAAAAUUGUCAUGAAGAAGGAUCGACAAGUGUUCGUUGAUGGGAAACAAAAGUACUUGCCUGUUAGGGAGAUGAACGGGAAUCUUACCAUCUUCCUCAGUGGGAGAUAUAUUCGCCUCAGGACAGCAUGUGGACAUAGAGUGUCCUGGGAUGGGAAGUCCAGUGCUCGUGUUUCCGUUCCCAAGUCAUAUGCGGGAGACUUGACCGGAUUGUGUGGAGACUGCAACGGUAAGAAGGAUGAUUUCCGGACUAAGACUGGACAGGAUGUGUCAAAGAAACGUAACCGAUACUCCCUCAUAGGAAAAAGUUAUAUAAAAGGAAGAAGACUUGCAGAUGGCACGGACAGAUGUAUAACAACCGAAGACGAUGUACAGUGUUCCAAAGCUAUUAUGGACAGAGCUUCUAAGGGAGGCCAAUGCGGUUUUAUGAAUCCACGAUUCGGAAAGUUAUCUCCCUUCAAUGCAUGUACUGCGGAAAACGUCGCUAUGGCCACUGACCUCUUCAAUGCGUGCCAGUUUGAUGUGUGUUCAUACUUUGAUGACCCUGAAACCAGACGUGAUGCGAUAUGCAGAUCGAUGGAAGCAUUAGAAGCAGAAUGUGAGACGAGAGGGUUCAACGUGAAAUGGAGGAAACCAGAUUUUUGUCCCAUCACUUGUCCAAAGAACAUGCGCUAUAGUGCUGCUGUAUCAGGAUGUCCGGCAACAUGUUUGAUGCCGAACUCUGAGCACACUUGUGAAUUGGAGGAUACGGAGGGGUGUGAAUGUCAGCCUGGUUUUCUUCUCAGUGGUACCGAAUGUGUUCCUGAAGAAAAGUGUGGUUGUCUGACUCCAAAGGGCGAUUAUCUUCCGCUGGGUACGACGUUUGCGUCAGACGACUGCACAACUGUGACUAAAUGCACCCACGAGAACGGCGAAGCGAUAUUGGAACGUCUUACCGUAAAUCAACGGUGCCACAAGGACGGCAUGUGUGGUUUGGUAGAAGGGCGUCCCCAAUGCACGUGCAAAGAUGGAUACCAUGGAGACGGCAUCAAGUCUUGCUUACCCAUGUGCGGAGGACGUUACACGUGUCACGUUGACGCUAAAUGUCAAAACGGAGAAUGCGUUUGUGAGGAAGGAAAGUACGGAGACGGAAUCAAUGCAUGUUUUGAUGCAUGCGUAUGCUCAGCCUCCGGAGACCCUCAUUAUCAUCUAUAUGACGGCCAAACGGUCCAUUUUAUGGGAAUAUGUAAAUACUCGUUAUCUAAACUGGAAAUCAACGAAACAUGUGGAUUUGAUGUGCAGGUCAAAAAUGAACAUCGUAGAAAUCUCAAACACGUGUCUUUCACACGACUGGUGGAAAUCAAGUUAGGAGACCAGUCCAUCAGACUCCUGCAAGGGAAAAACUUACAGAUUGAUGGCGUAUUAACGUACACUCCAUAUAAGGAACCACGUGGACGGUUUGUCGUUGUAACCAAGGGUAGACACAUCAUGCUUCUCAGUAGGUGUGCAAUCGUGACGUUUGAUGGUGUCCAUGCAGUGAGCGUCGUGGUACCACGUGAUGUUGGGCAACACCUAACUGGACUAUGUGGAAACUGCAAUGGGAAAAAGGAUGACUUCAAAACUAACAAUGGUCGCGACGUUUCGAGGAAUCGAAACAAAUUCAAACUCAUAGGAAAUAGCUACGAAGUGGAAGAUGAUUCUGAGGGAGCAGAAAAAGAAUGCAAAACGGAGGAUGUUGAUAGCAGUUGUAACAAAGCCUGGGAAAGGCGUAUCAAAUCUAAAGAAUUUUGCGGGAAAAUUCUUGAAAAGAAAGGCGUGUUUGGUCAGUGUGUGAAAUCACAGAAUAAAUUCGCUAGAUCUUUCUUCUCCUCCUGCUCGGCGGACUUGUGUGCGACCCAAGGGGAUGAAGUGCUCGCCAUGACACUUUUGUGUCAGUCCAUGGAAGCGUUUGCAGACAACUGUCAGGCCAAUGGUCUCAUCAAUAAACCCUGGAGAACAAUGAACUUAUGUCCUCUACAGUGCGCGUCCUCUGAAGUAUACAGUCCGGCCAUUAUGGGGAAUCCCCGAACUUGUGAUGACCCGGAUGGAACGAUGUCUUACCCGCUCGCCCCCGUGGAGGGAUGUGUCUGUAAAGAGGGAUACGUGCGAAGUGGAAGCACAUGUGUUAGAGAGAGGGAUUGUGGGUGCUUCUAUAACAGGGAGUAUUUCCCGCUGAAUGGAACAGGACCACUGACCAACUGCGACCGUGUUCAGACCUGUGUCCACGAGGACGGCAUAAAUAGAAUGGUUGUUAUGGAGAGACAUCUCAAUUGUCGCCAGAAUGCUGAGUGUAUUGAAAUUGACGGUAUAUACAAGUGUCAGUGUCGAGAAGGUUUCACAGGGAACAAUAAUAUUGGUUGUAAAGAAAUAAAAGUUAGGAAACCAACAUCUCCAGAACCAACUCCUAAACCAACCGAAAAACCGACGGAAAAACCUACUCCAAAACCAACCGAAAAACCGACGGAAAAACCAACGGAAAAAUCGACUGAAAAACCUACCCCAAAACCGACGGAAAAACCAACUCCAAAACCGACAGAAAAGCCAACUCCAAAGCCAACUCCAAAACCAACAGAAAAGCCAACUCCAAAACCAACGGAGAAGCCAACUCCAGCAAGUAAACCUACGACAGAGAAAAAAGUAACCAUUUUACCAUCACCGCCUGUAGUCACAAAUAAACCGAAGCCUUCUCCGAAACCAACAACUAAACCCAGACCACGCCGACCAAAAUAUGUUCCAUACUCCCAGUGCGAGAUCAACGCGAAGCAUCAAUCAUGCGGAAGUUCUCUCACGUUGACUGGGGCCUGUAACUAUAGGUCUCAAUUUUCCAAACAGUGUCGUUAUUCUGUUCUCAUGCUGAAGUUGGGUUCCAAACUAUUCGCAAAAGUGCAUGUUAACAGACGAGUUCGUAUCCUUAGGAAUGGCAGAGGUUUCAGCGACUGCGCUUCCUUCAAGAUGGUCAAUUCGACGGUCAUAGUAAAAGACAACGUGUGCGAGAAAUGUACAUUAGAAUUCAUCAGAAAUCUUACUCCUCGGAACUCAUGCAGAGGUUUGUUUCUUCCGUUCAAUUAUCAAGUUUAAGCGAGAUGCUCCUGUUCAUUUCUUUAAACUUUCGAAGGAAAUGUUAAAUUGAUCACUCUUUGCUUCACUCAAAGUUCCCAUAUAUUUAUCUCAGUUAAAAUUCAAUGAUUUAAAGAAAGCGAUUUAAAUGAUGUAAGUUUCCAUAUUAAAUAUACCCGUUUUGUGUUAUAAGAAAUGUCUUUAAAGCAGAAAAUAAUUAUUUGAUUUAACA